AUGCUGCCCCUUGGGGAGAAGUCUCAAUGCCCAAAGCCUUUUGAGAACUUGAAAGCGUCGACUCUAAAACUUGCGGAGGAGUUCUCCACUGCAGUUCCUGGCUGCCCGUCUAUCAGGGUCAACGGAGCAGGCAGAGUGUUUUACUCGGGCACUCUGGGCAGUAACUCCCGCUACUCGGGCGGUACGAAGGUUACGUGCGGGAGCAACCCGGCAAACACUGCCACUUGCUCGACCAACGGCAACUUUUGGACCCCGUCGUCAAUAGACUGCGCGGCCUCGGCCUGCGGUAAAAACGACCCCCAUUUCGAGCUGACGGGUCUAGCCACAAAUGAGACGUUCACAUUCGACUUCCACGGGCAGAGCCAGAGAGCUACUGCGCUGUCACGGAUACGCGCCUGGCGGUGA